GUCUCAAAUGCUGAUGAGAGUGAUCUGGAUUCAUCACCGUCAACACCUCGCAAUGCGACUUCAGGCGAAGAGACCACGGCAGCCGGACCACCAUCUUCAUCGCCUCUUCUGCUACCGCAUUAUGCGAAGAAGAAAAGUGGAGGAAAACUUCACUUCGGUAAAAAUUAAGCAAUCGAAUUGUCCCAACUAA